AUGGACGGCUACGUGUCCAACUACUGGCUCUACAAGCGCGACACGGACCGCUGCGCCAGCUGGCUCGCCACGACGGCGCUCUCGCUCGGCUUCCCGCGCAAGCGUUUCCUGGCGGCCAAAGCGGACCUGCGCAAGAACCUGGGCAGCAGGGGCACCGGCUCUGACCGAUGCACAAAGGCCGGCGGCGGCGGCGGAGCCACGCCGAACCCGCCAGCCCAGCAGUACCGGUACAUUCUCAAGACGUGCCAGCUUGUCGAGCUCGCCCAGUUCAUCGCCGACAAGGGCCACGCCGUCCCCGUCGACAAGCUCGCGCUCGUCCGUCGCUGCCUCUCGCGCAGGCUCGCCUGCCUCAAGUUCUACGAGGGCCGCAGCCCGAUCUGCACCAAGCACAGCCACUUUGUCAACGUCCUCGCCGAGGUCAUCAGGAUCCUGCAGCCGUUCGAGCAGUCCAAGUCCGGCGGCGGCAGCGGCGGUGACGGAUGCGUUGAGGCCGUGCAGCAGUCGCAGCCCGACGUGGAAAAAGAGGUCCGCGCCAAGAAGCGUGGCAAGAGGGGAAAGGCCAGGGCCAAGGCGUCGAGCGCGGCCGAAGCGGCCGAAACCAGCGUCGACGUCACCAUCGACGAUCUCGUCAGUCAGCUUCACCUCUGCGCGAUCGAUGCAGAAGGCGGCGGUGACGACAAAUACGAGGCCGAGACCGAGGAGCCGCUCCACUUCCGAGUCGAGUCCGACGUCAACGAGGCCCUCGUGGCCUUUAUGGCCUUCUACGCCGACCUGCGCGAUGUCCGACGCUACCUCGAGCACCUCUGGAACGACUUUCGCCACCACAGGGCGGACCUCGUCACCGCAUCGCUGACGACCAAUGCCGCCUUUGAGCUCGUCGAGAGGGUGCACCAAGACGUCGUCGAGCGCUACAGCUCGCUCUUCUCUGGUCCCAAGGACCUCAUCGAGACUCUAGCAGAAUAUGCCGUGAAGCUGCGCACCGGAAACUGGCAAGGAAGGCGCGACGACGCCGCCGCCUGCUGCGAUCCAAGCGGCGGCACGGGCAACAGCGGCAGCAGCGGCAGCAGCAGCGUCGACGCGGAAGAGGCCGUCAAGGAGGCCUGGUCAUUCGUCGCAGAGCACCUCUGCCUCCUCCCCUUCAGCCUUGCCAGCGACUGGCAGGAGACGCGAGCGGACUCGACAAGCCUGCCGUCCCUCUUCCUGCUGUUCGACGACGGGGCCCCUGGACGAGACGUGGCUGCGCUCAGCAGCGAGGAGCGCCGCCAGCUGGCCGUCGAACUGGUCUGGACGACGCUCGCAGACUUUGCCACGUUUGACUCUAGGGUCGUGAGGGGCACCAAGCUCGCCGACGGCGAGGGCCGCAUCCCCGACUUCAGCACCAACAGCGCCGACGCCUUUACGAGAGACGUCUGCCGCUUCAUCCGCAGCGGCAGAGACCCCUCGCUGCUCCUUGCCUUUGAGCUGCAGGUUUACGUCGAUAUCAACUGCAUCCUCCAGUACGACAACCGCCGCGGCAGGGUCGAGGCCCGUUUCCACCUGCGUCAGGCGAGGCGCAGCCUCGAAGAGGCGGUCGCCAACGAGUGCAAGCCCAACCUCUGCGAGCACCAUCGCCGCGAGCUCUCGGCGUCGAUCCGAAGCGUCCGAAACUACCUCCACGAGCUACAGCUGCGCAACAUCCACGCGCCCCAGGCCGCCUUUGCCGACGAGGAGGCGUGGUCGCCGGCCAUCAGGAUCCCGCUGCUCGACCGUCACCCGACUUUCUGCGGCCUUCAGGCCUACCGCGGUCUGAAGGUCCUCCGCGAGACUGGAGCCAACGAGUCCAAGUGCAGCGAUUUGGCCCUCGCCGGAAUCCACCUCUACAACGUGUGCAGGGGGGCCCUGGCCUGUGACGGUCCUGCGGCCGACGCCCUCAGCUGGCCGGAUGCUGAGCUGGUCGUCGAGCUCCACGGCGUCGAGAGGCUCUUUGACAGCAGCCGCCCGCCCACCACCCUCGAGGAGGCUCGCCGAUCCGCCCUCAAGGCCUGCGGCUACCCGAAACAGCUCAUCGACAGCGUCGUGGACGGCAGCAGCACCGGGGAUCCCUUGCCGCCGGCAUCGGACAAGAGGUCGAGCUCCGAAGACGAGAGCGGCGAUCGGUUCGCAUUCGACUCGGCCUUCUUUUCCGCCUUUGACGACACGCCGUGCCCCUGCCCCCGGCACAAGACGGCCUGGCUGCAGUUCGACCUCGACGAAGGCAAGUUGCAGAGGCUGCUUGCCGAGGCAGAGGCGAGGCAGCUGCCGGCGGCUCAGGAGGGCAGCCACGCCGGCGACGGAGGCGUCGACAUCGGCGGAGACGGUGCUGCUGCCGAAGCCGAGCGGACCGAGACGCCGAUGCACCGCGAGGGCAGCAAGACGAAGCGCGCCCCUUGGAUCGCCGAGCUGCUGGCGAUCCUGGCCGAAGGUCUCGGCGCAGACAUGCCGCAGCUGUGCUUUGACUACGUUGCGUUCAACACGCGCUGCUCGCAGGUGUUUGAGGCGCUCUACGCGACGCUGGCAGACGAGCGCGAGUCGCUCGGCGCCUCUGAGCCGUUCCCGCACAGCUGCAAGCCGCUCCAGGUGGUGUGCGAGAUGAUGUCGUCGAUGCUGUGGUGCCGCUUCGUGGCGCAGAGCGAGCAGCCGGGCAUCUUCGUCCUGCACAUUGUCGAAAAGCAGCACGAGUUGCUGGCCCGCGUCGCCCGCGUGAUGCGCGCCAAGCUGGCCGACGUCGGCGCCGACGCUGGAUGCCGCCAGCUGCAUGCCCUGCAGCUCUCCCACGUCGCGGGCUGGGACGGCGGCUCUGCUGCCUCGAGCUCCGAAACGGCGACCGGAAGUGGCGAAGGCGGUGACAGCAGCAGCAGCAGCAACAGCAACGGCAACAGCCGCUAG